AUGGACACAAAAGAUCAUAAAGACGAUGGCAUCAUCGACGACACCUACGCCGAAGGCACUGGAGAGGAAACGGCCCUCGAAGUCGACCAUAUCGCCGAGCGUCAACUCUGUCGCAAGUUCGAUGUUCGAUUGAUGCCCGUUCUAGCCAUCAUGUACCUCUUCAACGCUUUAGACAAAGGCAAUCUAGGCAACGCCCAAACCGUCGGUCUCAGCGAUGAUCUCAACUUCAAGCCAAACCAGUACAACCUCCUCGUCUCAAUCUUCUUCGUGCCCUACGUCAUCUUCGCUCCUCCUACCGCCAUCAUCGGCAAGAAGUAUGGCCCUGCACGCGUCCUCCCGAUUCUAAUGUUUACUUUUGGAUCCAUGACUUUGCUUGCUGCUUGCACGCAGAAUUUCGGCGGCAUGUUUGCGCUGCGGUUCUUUCUUGGCAUGGCGGAGUCUGGAUUCUUUCCGUUGGUGAUUUAUUAUUUGACUACGUUUUAUCGAAGAGGUGAACUUGCGCGUCGUUUGGCUGUAUUCUACGCUGCCUCAAACAUCGCAAACGCUUUUAGCGGUCUUUUAUCAUUUGGCGUCUUCCAAAUCGACUCCAAAAUCUUCGUCUGGCGAUAUCUCUUCAUCAUCGAAGGUUCGGCAUCAGUCCUCUUCUCGAUCUUUGCAUUCUGGUACCUCCCUCGCAGCGCAGCGCAAGCCAAGUUUCUCGGCGAAGAAGAAAAAGCGCUGGCUUUUCAUCGCAUGCAAGUCGACUCUUCGUCUGUCGUGCAGGAAAAGUUCAACUUUAAGGAUUCGAUCAAAAUCUUUACGUAUCCAACGACGUAUUGCUUUUUGUUGAUUGAGAUUUGUCUUGGUGUGCCGAUUCAAUCGGUUGCGCUGUUUAUGCCUCAGAUUAUCCAGCGAUUAGGAUAUGGCCCUGUCAAGACGAAUCUUUAUACUGUCGCGCCAAAUGUCGGCGGUGCUGUGAUGCUUCUCAUCUUGGCCUUCAGCUCUGAUUUUCUGCGCAUUCGAUUCCCAUUCAUCAUGCUCGGCUUUGCCCUUACGUUCAUCGGCUUUAUCAUCUACGCCGCCAUCUCCGACGUCCAAGCUCAAUUACAAUUAGCAUACUACGCAUGCUUCAUGAUGGUCUGGGGAACAUCAGCUCCUUCUGUCCUCUUAUCAACGUGGUAUAAUAACAACAUAGCCCACGAGGGUCGUCGCGUAGUCCUUACCUCAGUCGGCGUCCCACUCGCCAAUCUCAUGGGUCUCGUAUCAAGCAACAUCUUCCGAGAGAACGAAAAGCCCAAGUACCCCACAGCUCUUAUCACGACUGCUUGUUUCGGCGCAUGUGGAUGCCUCAUUGCGGGUCUUCUUGGUGGGUAUAUGGUGUUUGAUAACAUGCGGAGGAAUCGUAGAGCAGGGAGGAAAACUACGGCUGCUGAUGUGCCGACCAAGCGUUUGCGUGACGGGCCAGCGGUUCCCGAGUUUCGCUGGUUCCUGUGA